AGAAAAUAAGGGAGCUUGUCUGUAUCGGCAAGUGGUUUUGAAUUUGUUAUUCUCGUCGCUAACAAUCAUAAUGAAGAACAGGAGAAGUAGAAGGUGAAGGAGUUACUGAUAACGACAAUUAUGCAUUUUCUGAUGCAAUCCUUCAAGGUCUCUGUUCGACCCAACUAUAUCUCUAUUAACCACUUUCGGAACUGACUUCAGAGGCGCCUACCCAGAUAAGUGUUCCCAGUCAAUAGUGAAGUCGGUCAAGAUAACGUUUCUUGUUAGUUCGACAAAAUUCCAAAACGACCCAAUUUGGAGCAGGCAGCAAUAGCGCUUGGAACUAGCGUAACCCUCUUUUCCUUUCCUCCGACCCCUCCCCAAACUGUACGGCCCCAGGUGACGGAGGCCUCUCCCCGCCCGCGUGCGUCCCCUUAGCUCUGCCCCCAGUCCCGCCGGCGGGGUUUUUCACAGGCGACUCUUUAAGGAGGCUGCGCCAAAACCUGCACCUUCUUAAGAGCCCUGGGCGUAAUUUGCUUCUUCGGACGCCAACCUUCGGCCACAAGUCCAGAGCCUUUGGGUUGAAGAGCCUGUCUUUGGCUGCUGCAGCUGGCGGUCAAGCUCCCGACGGUGUCCCUGCUGCCGCUGAAGAUGGAACAGAUGCCCCGCGAAAGCCAUCAGGAGCGCGCUCCUUCGCACAUGGUGACCACAACCAGCAGCUCCUUUGCAACGUCCAGAUCCAGCACGCUCGCAUACGACAAAGAAUUUCUGAAGACGAUUCCUGGAAUCCUCAUGAUGGUUGAGAUAGUAUUAGGCUUCCUAGUGUGGAUGUUGAUUGCUGGAACUGACUAUUUCCUGUAUCCUGUCUUUGGAUGGAUAAUGUUUGUGGCUGUGUUUUACUGGAUUCUUACACUUUUUUUUUUGAUCAUUUUUUUGACAAUGAUUUAUACGAGGAUACCUCAAGUGCCAUGGACCAUAGUCGGUCUGUAUUUUAAUGGGAGUGCCCUUCUCUUGUACUUAAUUGCUGCUAUUUCAGAGGCAAAUGCAGUCACCAAAGAACUUGACCACCACAAUUACAAUAGUUGGGCAGCAUCUUCGUUCUUUGCCUUCGUUGUUGCUUCCUGCUAUGGUGGAAAUACCUACUUUAGUUUUCUAUCUUGGAGAUCACAGACCUUGCAAUAAGUAUUAUCUUCUAAUAAAACAGAGCAGUGUGUAAAUGUAUAUAAUUUUGAUGAAAAUAUUUACGUAAUAUGGUUUUCACUCAAAAGUAAAAACAAUUUUUUUUUUUACAAAUUAUGGAAAGGAUAGUUCACCUGACAGAAAAGGUUCUACACACUGUUCUCUUAUUUAUGUCAUUUGAAUUAAUUGUGACAUAGGUCAGUUACCACAAACAGGAAGCAGAAGGAAGAAUUGAUGAUAUAGGAGGGAAGAGAAGAAAGCAAUGGAAGCGGUUCAAUGUUGUUUACACUGGGGGCACUUCCAUACACUAUUGUGCUCCUUUGAAAGCUGCUCCAGAUCUCAGGAUUCUUGUCAAUAGUGUUACAGAGCAUUGUACAAUCAGAGGCACUAUCUGAUGGAAUUGAUUUAAAAUCUGAAAACGUUUGUAACAUGAAAAGCAUGUAUUCUCAGAUAAAAUACUGUAACUAGAACAUGUUACUCUUUGUAUCAAUUCAUAUUAUUUCCUUGUAUAUUGUUGU